CCGUGGGCCAUCCCGACCCAACCGCCCGCGCCCGCCUCGUCCUCCCCGCGCCCGCCUUUCCAGCUCCACCUCCACGUGUGCGCCGCGCCUCGGCUCCCUUCCACUCCACACUCACCACUCCAUAGCCGUCGUGCCCAUCAGUCACUUCCCUGGCAACGUUACAAGCAACCAGCACGCGAUGCCCACCGACUGCUCGACGCAAUUCCCCACCCGCUGAUCCCGGCCGACCCCCACCCCUAUGGCCUCCUCCCUCCCCGCGCCGCCGGCCCCUCCGCCCGCCUCCUGGCGCAGCCUCCUACCCCGCCGCCCGCCGGCCCGCCGCGCCCCCCUUGCCCCUCGCGCGGCGCGUUCUUGCCGCUACCGCUUCCGGACCGACGACGACGGCGUGGUGGACGUGACCGUCACCGGGAAGGAGGGCGACGGCGGGGGGUACGCUGUCGCGGUCGAGGUCCCGACCCGCGGGCGGGAGGGCGGUUUGGUGCUCCGUGCCGCGGGCUCCGCUGGCGAGGUCGUCCCGCUGGCCCCCGCCGCGGGAGGCGCACUCGCGGCUAGGCUGUCCUACAACGGGGCCCGCACGCCGUUUCACGUCUCAUUCCUGCUGGCCGACGCGGCGGGUGCGGAGAUACGGACGCACCGCGGGACGAGCUUCCGCGUGCCGGUCGGCGUCGGGCGGGGCCGCCCAGCGCCGCUUGGCCUGUCUCUGUCCGUUGACGGGGCCGCCAACUUCGCGUUGUACAGCAAGGGCGCCAAGGGCGUCGUGCUCUGCCUGUACGACGGCGGCUACGGCGGCUGGGACGAGCCUGCGCUGGAGAUCGAGCUCGACCCGUACGUCCACCGGACGGGCGAUGUCUGGCACGCCUCGCUGGAAAGCGUUCAGGGAUACGUCAGCUACGGCUUCCGCUGCGGGCUGUUCGGCAUUGACCGCCCUCUGCUCGACCCGUACGCUAAGGUGAUCGGGGACUUCAUCCCUGGCAACUCUGUUUAUGACGAGGGGGUCACUGUGCCCUCCAUGAGGUGCCUUGCGUCCUUGGCGAAGGCGCCGACCUACAACUGGGGCAGGGACAAGCACCCAUGCUUGCCAUUGGAGAAGUUGGUGGUGUACCGGGCAAAUGUGGCUUUGUUCACGAAGGACAAGUCGAGUGGGCUGCCGGACAAUGUCGCCGGUACAUUCUCGGGGUUGGCUGCAAAGGUUGAGCACUUCAGGCGUCUUGGUGUCAAUGCUGUUUUGCUGGAGCCUGUGUUCCCAUUCCUUCAGGAGAAGGGGCCCUAUUUCCCAUACCAUUUCUUUUCACCAAUGAAUUUGUAUAGCAGUGAAUGUUGCAGUGUUUCAGCUAUCAAGUCUAUGAAGGAUGUGGUCAAGACAAUGCACAGAAAUGGAAUAGAGGUCCUCUUGGAGGUUGUUUUUACGCAUACCGCUGAAGGAGGAGCAGGGUGCCAGAUGAUAUCAAUCCGUGGCAUCGAUAGUUCCUCGUAUUACCUCGCCGACGGGGUUGUUGGAUGCAAGGCAAGUGUAUUGAAUUGCAAUCAUCCCGUGACUCAGAAGCUGAUUUUGGAUAGCCUCCGCCAUUGGGUACUUGACUUCCAUGUUGAUGGGUUUUGCUUCAUCAAUGCCCCUUUCCUUGUCAGAGGUCCAGGUGGUGAGGGCCUAUCGCGGCCUCCCCUUCUUGAAGCCAUAGCAUUUGACCCGGUUCUUUCACAGACAAAGAUCAUUGCAGAUCCUUGGUCUCCACUUGACAUAUCUAAUGUGCAAUUUCCAUUCCCUCACUGGAAAAGAUGGGCUGAGAUGAACACGAGAUUCUCUAUUGAUGUGCGCAAGUUUUUGAAGGGAGAAGCACUUAUUAGUGAUCUUGCAACACGUUUGUGUGGCAGUGGGGACAUAUUUUCCUCCAGGGGCCCAGCAUUUUCUUUCAAUUAUGUGUCCAGGAAUUCUGGACUUACACUUGUUGAUCUAGUGAGCUUCAGCAGUGAUGAGCUUGCUUCUGAGUUCAGCUGGAAUUGUGGUGAAGAAGGACCGUCCGAGAACCAUGCAGUCCUUCAAACGAGGCAAAGGCAGAUACGCAAUUUCUUGUUUGUUCUAUUCGUUUCCCUUGGUAUUCCUGUUCUGAACAUGGGAGACGAAUGCGGACACUCUGCUGCUGGUUCAACAUCAUACAAGGAUAAAGGGUCCCUGAACUGGAAAGCGUUGAAGACCACUUUUGUUAAGGAAGUUACCGGCUUUAUUUCAUUUCUAACUGCACUCAGGAGUCGACUAGGGGACAUCUUUCAGAGAAGAGAAUUCCUAAAUCUGGAAAACAUACAUUGGUAUGGGAGUGAUCUAUCUGAACCACAAUGGGAGGAUCCUACUAGCAACUUUCUUUGCAUGCACAUAAAUGCAGAGCUGGAUGAAAACGUGCCAGAUUCAGUUAGAGUUGAUUUAUAUAUCUGUUUCAAUGCAAAUGAGGAACCGGUCAGUGCCACUUUACCAGCUCUUGCAGAAGGAUCCAUGUGGCUACGCUUGGUUGAUACAUCACUUGCAUUUCCAGGUUUCUUUUCAAGCGAGUCUAUUCCUAACGCACACCAAGUGUCUGGAUUGUCCUCUCAUCAAGUAAAAGCGCAUAGUUGUGUUUUAUUUGAAUCAAAGAGGGUUCUUUCCUAGUUUCUGAUGUCAACAUGAAUGUCCCUUAGUUUCAAUCAUAAGUAGAAACCUUUUGGAUACCAACUUUGAGAGGCCCUUGGUUCCAAAAAGUUGCAACUUGCAACCUUAUUGUAGAUGAUAAUGUUUGUGAUAAUAAAAUCCCUCAUUUUCUCAACGUUCAGAACGCCUUGGUUGCAACCUUAUCCUAGAUGAGAAUGUUUAUGAUAAUAAAACCCCUCAUUUCCCCUAAGGAUGGUA